AGGACGCAGGAGGAGGGUAUGGACGGAAGGAGAGAAGAGAGAGGAAGAUUAAAAACAGGGUGAAGACGCCGAGAACUAUAUCUCCACGCCUGAGAAACGAACCUGUAACGAAAGAAUCGGAGGAACCAGCUACAUUUAGACCACUCCUCCGCAUCUCUUCAUAGUUCAUCUGUUGGUUAAUUAAGGGGGGGAUAUUUUCUCUCGUCCUAGACCUACACCAACGGAAAUCUGUACCGCUGGCAACUAUGGAAAACAGGACAACCAGAGACUGAGAUACCUAAACAUAGGAACGCAGGCAACAACCCAACAAAACCUAAAUAAACAACUUUAUCGGAACCGUUUGGGAAUGCACAAGGGGACUGCGCUAGGAGAGACUCAUAACAGACCGUUGUAAUAGCGUCGUGAAUAACCCAUUGUCAUGGAGUUCCUAAACGACUCGUUGGUCGGUGGAUCAGACCUGGACCUGAGAGCCCUCCACUUCUACAACGACUCUCUGCUCUUCCAGAACAACUUCAGCGGUGGGUUCAACGAGACCGACGCCUUCCUGCCUGCCGGUGUCAAGAUCACCAUCGUUGUGGUCUACAUGAUGGUCUGCGUGGUGGGGCUGAUGGGUAACUGCCUGGUUAUGUACGUCAUCAUCAGGUACACUAAGAUGAAGACAGCCACCAACAUCUACAUAUUUAACCUGGCUCUGGCUGACUCCCUAGUCCUCGCUACCUUACCCUUCCAGGGAACAGACCUGUUCCUGGGCUUCUGGCCGUUCGGCAACGCCCUCUGCAAGGCCGUGGUCUCCAUAGACUACUACAACAUGUUCACCAGCACCUUUACUCUGACCGUGAUGAGCAUGGAUCGCUACGUGGCCGUGUGCCAUCCGGUCAAGGCCCUGGACAUGAGGACGCCCCACAAGGCCAAAGUGGUCAACAUCUGCGUGUGGGUCCUGGCGUCGGCGAUAGGGGUACCGGCCAUGGUGUUGGGAGAUGUGGAGGUUGAACAUAACAGUGUAGAGUGUAUCGUAGUCCUCCCAGACCCUCGUAGCUACUGGGACCCGGUGUUCGGCACCUGCGUUUUCCUCUUUUCCUUCCUCAUCCCAGUGGCCAUCAUCAGUGUCUGCUACAGCCUGAUGGUGAAGCGCCUUCGCAGCGUCCGCAUCCUGUCCGGCUCCAAGGAGAAGGACCGCAACCUGCACCGCAUCACUCGCAUGGUCCUGGUCGUAGUGGCAGCCUUCGUGGUCUGUUGGACCCCAGUCCAGAUCAUGGCUCUGGCCCAGUCAUUGGGCUUCAACCUGAGUAGCCUCCUCACCAUGGCCCUGAUGCACUUCUGUAUCGCGCUGGGCUACGUCAACAGCAGUCUUAACCCAGUCCUCUACGCCUUCCUGGACGAGAACUUCAAGAGGUGCUUCAGGGAGUUCUGCCACCCGGGUCCGUUCCGCCUAGACAGCCGGCAGCAGUCGGGUCGGAUGAGGAGCAUCGCCCGCGAGGUGGCUUACAAUUGCAAGACGGCGGAUGGGAAUACAAAUCCCGCAUGACUAGGCGUGGAGCUGCCCUUGGUCUGCCAGGAACCCCAGAACAACCACCACCAAAGGACAGGGAACUCCAACAUGGAGCUCACCCAGAUCACUACCCUCUAGCAGGAUGUCGGCCCCCUGGGCUGGGGCCAAACGGGGAAAGGCCAAGGAAGAGGACCGGAGGUGGCCCAAGGCAGGGGCACUGUCCGAAUGGCCUGGUUGGGGCCAGAUCUGGGCCGGAGCUGUUUGGAGGCCUAACAGCAGGGUUAGGUAGUCUAACGGACCUUCUUCUAGGGACUAAGGGGCUUCUCUGUGUCUUUAGGGAACAUGGAUGUUAUUAACAUGUAUGUCAUGUUGUCUUUAUUUAAUUGGUUUAGCAUUUUCAGGACGAUUAAGUUCAGAGUUUAGGUCUAUGUGCUUCAUGGACAAUUUACGCGAAUGUCAACAGUUUUUGCUCACACUUAUCUCAACUCUGAGUCUGUUGAUUGGUUGAUUAAUUACGUUGUCAUGGUCAUUUUUUAAAUGUUUGUUUUAUAGAUGCUUUUUUGUUUGUUUCUACGCUGUAGGUAAUUACUUUAAGUGGAUGUUAUUAGUUUAUUUCUGUUUUAUUUUGUUCGAGAGAAACAAUUUGUCUUAUUCCAUGGCCUUAAAUACCAAACAAAGUCUGUAUAAAUACUAUCCACUAUCCUGGGAUAAAGAGUGUCAGUUCUUGAUGGUGCUGUACUGUAACUUUCCUUGUUUGUUUUGUAUCACCUUGCAGGUGUUGUGUAGGAACAAACAACACAACACAACAGAGACUUGCUUGUUGAAGCCUUUAUUAUUCAUUGUUACGAUGAAAUAAUGGCAGAUGAUGAUGCUGCCUGAUGCUCCGCGUAUGAAUAUUUCUGCUUGACGUCCUGUAAAAAUGAAGCAAAUAUAUUUUGUACUAUAAUUUGUUUGAAUCCAGGCUAUAUCACAUCUGGCUGUGAUUGGGAGUCCCAUAGAACGGCCCAGCGUCGUCCAGGUUUGGACGGUGUAGGCCGUCAUUGUAAAUAAGAAUUUGUUCAUAACUGACUUGCCGAGUUAAAUAAAAAAAAUAAAAAAAGUUACUCUGGAUACAUAACACGGUGUUACCCUGGAUACAUAACACGGUGUUACCCUGGAUACGUGACAUGGUGUUACCCUGGAUACAUAACACGGUGUUACCCUGGAUACAUAACACGGUGUUACCCUGGAUACAUAACACGAUGUUACCCUGGAUACAGAACACGGUGUUACCCUGGAUACAGAACACGGUGUUACCCUGGAUACAUAACACGAUGUUACCCUGGAUACGUGACACGGUGUUACCCUGGAUACAUAACACGGUGUUACCCUGGAUACAUAACACGAUGUUACCCUGGAUACGUGACACGGUGUUACCCUGGAUACAUAACACGGUGUUACCCUGGAUACAUAACACGAUGUUACCCUGGAUACGUGACACGGUGUUACCCUGGAUACAUAACACGGUGUUACCCUGGAUACAUAACACGAUGUUACCCUGGAUACGUGACACGGUGUUACCCUGGAUACAUAACACGGUGUUACCCUGGAUACAUAACACGGUGUUACCCUGGAUACAUAACACGGUGUUACCCUGGAUACAUAACACGGUUUUCUUCUAUAUGCCUCCAAAGAGUAUUCACACCCUUUUACUUUUUCCACACUUUGUUAUGAAUUGAACAUUAAAUUGAGAUUGUUUUGUCACAAGACCCCGUAGUGUCAAAGUGGAAUUAUGUUUUUUGAAUUAAAAAAAAACGGGGAUAAUAAAAAAACAAUUAAAAAAGAAAAGCUGAAACAUCAAUAAGUUUUCAACCGUUUUGUAAUGUGCUCAAAAAGGAACAUAAUAAGUUGCAUGGACUCACUCUGUGUGCAGUAAUAGUAUUUAACAUGUUUUUUGGAAUCACUACCUCGUCUUUGUAGCCAACACAUAUAAGGUGAGUACUAGGCUGAAAAGUACCACCAGUACCGGGUAACCCAAAGGCCCAAGAGAGAGUGGGCAACCCAGAGUCCGAUAUCCCAAUUAUCUGUAAGGUCCCUAAGUCGAGCAGUGAAUUUCAAACACAGAUUCAACCACAAAGACCAGAGAGGUUUCCUAAAGUGUCACGAAGACGGGCUCCUAUUGGAAGAAAUGUAAUAUUCCUUAGAGCAUG